AUGGCCCCCUCUGAAGCUCAACCCUCCACAGAUUUCUCGCCAGAUCUAAAAAAUGACUUGAUUGAGAGUUCUCAAAGGGCUACUCAACGAGAACAUGAUCUGACCGUACGACAAGCCCUUUCAAAGCACAAGAGUGCUAUCUUUUGGGCAGCCUACUUCAUCCUCCCUGGUUUCGUUAUCGGUUACGAUCCAACAAUCCUCGGCAGCUUGGUCGGUGUACCGCAAUUCCGAAAAGACUUUGGUUACGAGCACCCUGCUGGAUCAGGAACUUACGUCCUCUCUUCAUCUUGGACCUCCGCAUUCCCCUACGCACCUAUCAUCGGUUUCUUAGUCGCUCCAAUUUGGGCAGGAUGGUGUGUCGAUCGUUUUGGACCAAGGAAGACCCUGCUAUGCUGCACAACCCUGUCUCUGGGAACUCUCCUGAUGGAAGUUCUGGGUAACACUGCCGGCAUUAUUUUCGCCGGAGACCUCCUUACUGGCCUCCUCACUGGUGGCUUCCCCGUACUCGGACCGGCAUACAUCUCAGAAAUUCUCCCUGUUAACCUUCGUGGUAUUGGACUGGCAGCCAACAACUUUGCUCAGGUUGCUGGGUCGUUUAUUGCAAUCGGCAUCUUGCGCGGGACGGAAACACGGCCUGACAAAUGGGCGUAUAAGAUCCCUUUCAUCACAGAAUACGCUUUCCCUGUUCUCUUCAUCCUGGGAGCCUUCUUUGCGCCUGAAACACCUUGGUUCUUGGUGAAGAAAGCUCGAUACGAAGAAGCCGCAAAAUCUCUGAAGCGUACUGGAUAUACUGAGGAUCUCGACGAUACCCUGGCUCAUAUGAAGGAAACCAUUCUCAUGGGAGAGCAGUGUAUAUCCACAACCACAUACCUUGAUUGCUUCAAGGGCACAAACUUCCGACGUACUGCAAUCUCCUCAAUCUGUUACAGUGGCCAAUUCUUCUGCGGAGUUAACGUUGUGUCUUCAUAUUGUACCUACUUCUUCCAGCUGGCAGGUGUGUCGACAGAUCAAGCCUUUGACCUCUCUCUUGGUUUAUUUGCGCUUGGUAUAGUCGGUAACGUGGCUUCAUGGCCUUUAUUGUCAAUCUGGGGUAGAAGACUCCCCUAUAUUUUGACUUGUUCCGCAACUGCAACCUUGAUGUUUUUGAUUGGAUUUUUGGAUCUCGCACCAUCUUCCAAUAAAGCUGCUCUCUACGCCAAGUCAUCCAUGCUACUUGUAUUUUACCUUAUCUACAACUUCGGUCUCGGUCCUCUUGUUUAUGCCUUGAUUGCUGAGAUCCCAUCCACAACAGUACGCGGAAAGACAAUGGGUGUGGCAUGUUCGUUUGCACAUAUAUUUUCCCUUGUCAUCACAGCCGCCCUUCCUUAUGCAAUGAGUCCUCUUGAGGCGAAUUGGGGUGGCAAGAUUGGAUUUUUGUUCGGCGGCCUCAGCAUUGGGGUGAUUGUUUGGGCGUGUUUGUGUCUACCAGAAACCAAGGGCAGGACGUUUGAAGAGCUUGAUAUUCUUUUCGAGCGGAAGACACCAGCCUGGAAGUUUAGCAGCACUGACCUGUCGGGUUUUGAUCGUGGGACUGUGGUUCAUGGCGAGUGA